AUGCACUGGCAAAAAUCUUCUGCCCCAGACCAGCAGCCACAGCCUCGCCCCUACCAAGGUGUCCGAGUGAAGGAGCCCGUGAAGGAGCUGCUGAAGAGGAAAAGGGGGAAUGUCCAUAACUCCAGUGCAACUGCAGCUACAACGGUUGUUUUGCCCCAUCAGCCAGUCCCUUCCUACUCACCCAUGGGCCAGCCUUGCAUUGACAUGGACGCUGCUGCCCCUGCUCUGCCUGGCCCAGAGGAAGGAGCUCUGGCCUCUGGGUGGCUCCCCCAGCCCUCUCCCACCCCGCUGCAGCCCCUGCCUCAGUGGGGCCCUUACCCUGACUACGUGUCCCACGAGGCUGGCAGCUGUCCCUACACAGCAGAUAUGUACGUCCAGCCCAUGUGUCCCAGCUACACCCUGGUGGGACCCUCCUCUGUCCUCACUUACACUUCCCAGCCUCUCAUCACCAAUUUUGCACCCCGCAGCAGCACCCCGGCCGUGGUGCCACCGCUGGAGGUGACGGAGCAGCAGCCGCCCCUGACCUACUUCCCGUGGGCACAGCCCCUGUCUGCCCUGCCAGCCUCCACCCUGCAGUACCCUGCAGCCUCCUCCUCCUUCCCGGGGCCCCAGCUGGUGCCCGUGCCCAUCUCCAUCCCCGAGCCAGCCCCGCAGGAGCUGGAGGAUGCCCGGCGAGCCAUCGGCGCCCUGCCCAUGGAGAAGCUGCUGCUGGAAGACGAGGACAAUGAUACGUAUGUGUUAAGCCACGCUCUCUCUGUUGAAGGGCUUUAG